CCCCUGGAGGAAGCUUUUAUUUAGAAAGCUCAUAUGUUUAGGUUUAUGCUAACGUCAGGAAUCGCAGUGACAAUCAGCUAUAACUAUUUAGGCAUUGGGUGGUUUUUAUUGACAGCUGGUGUCCGAUUUAAUGGAGUCAGAAAGUGCAGGUGUGGUGCAGUCUUCGGAGGUGAGCCAUCCUGAAGAUGAACCAGCCCCUUCAUCCUUAUCCACUGAAACCGAACGGGACAGCACAAGCCAUCAUGAGGAGAUCAACAAUACAGACACAGUACAGAAGGCUGAACCGGUGCGACCGCUCUGCCGUUUUUACUCUCAAGGCAGACGAUGCUAUUACGGUAAAAGGUGCCGCUUUCUUCAUCAGAGAGCUGCGGCUGCCGCCCCAGCUGUGAAUGAAGCAGAAAGUAGCACAGAUCCAAAGAAAGAUCACAGAGAGAAGGUCAAAAAUGCAGAUGGUCAGCCGUCAGAGUCAAGUGAAAGCAGCCAAUCGGGUAAAGAGAAGCAGUCGAUCCCAACCAGCCGCAAAACUGCUCCCGUGAAACGAGAACGAGCCCGGAGAACCUGCAGCUACUUCAUGUCUGGCUUUUGUGCGAUGGAAGACCGUUGUCGCUUUUGGCACCCCGAGCAGCUUCCACCUGUAGAGGACCAGCCUAAAGAGAAACCCAGAGAGAAGAGCAACUUCAGGCCCCCUGCUCCACGACCAGCUCAAGAACAAGCCAAACUGGCUGAUCUCACCGAGGAGGUCUGCAAGCAGCUGAGAGCCACUGAGAUCGCACAACUGAUCAAGAGAUUCCCAAAAGACAACCUUAUAGUGCAGGAGCGAGAAGAUGGAAAGCUGACCUACUACAGAGUGACGGUCCAAGCUACAGACCCUGACUGGCCUUUUGACCAAAAUGAAAUCGAAAUCAUGGUCAGCUUUCCUGAGAAUUACCCUCAAGAGGUAUUCACUUUGGAUGUUCCAGUGGACCAGGACUUGCCAGAGCUCAUGGGCAGACAUGUACAGAAGGUCUCAGAGGAAUGGCUGAAGGCCAAACAUGCCACUAACCAGCUGAUGGGCAGAGUUGAGUUGCUCUUUAGGCCUUACCUGCGCUGGUUGGAUCGUAGCAUGGAAAAACUCUUCACUGAUGGAGCCAGACAGUUGAAGAAAGACAUUGACCUAGAGAGAGCCGGAAUACAAUUUGUCCCCUAUGAGCAACUCAAGGUCACGGUUUUUAAGAACCAAGGCAAAAACUCAAACACUCCUGAGCGUAUAGUGUCACUCGGUAUGGCUUCGGAAGAAGAGGAGGUGGGGGAAGAGCAGGAUGAAGGUGUUGAGGAGGAAGAGGAAGAGGAGACUGCUCCUGGUACUGAAGGGGAGGGAGGCGACCGGCAGGUGGAGAACAUAAAAACAAGAGAGCGACGGAGUGGCACUGAGAUCAAACUGCUGGGCUUGAGAUUGGGAGAACAGACAGCCACUGUGGCGGCCAAACAGAUCUCAGUGACCCUGCAGUGCAGUCGGUGUAAAGUGAGCUCUGACCUGACCCUGAAUGGCCGUCUGCCCUGUACAGCUCAUUGUGGGAAAUGCGAAGCAGGGAUCAAAGCUGCUUUCAGACCAAGUAUGCUGCACCACUACAGUGAUGUUUUGGGCUACCUGGACCUUAAAGCAGCCGUGGCUGUGGACCUGAUACUGCAGGACUCUGAGUUCAGUGUCGGUUGCCUUAACUGCGACAAAGAGGACACAAUUAAGAAUCUGACCUAUGGGCAAAACAGGGAACAUAACUGUCAACAUUGUCACACAAAACUCAGCCUUUUUGUGGAUGCUGCACGCUUUCAGUUCAUUCAGCCACAGCCCAGAAAUCUGACAGGUGCAGCUACUCAAUACACAAGACGAUUUCGAGACCCUGCAGUUCAGCAAGGGAAACCUUUACCUGAUAAAGGUGCCUGCAAGCACUACAAACAAAGUCACAGAUGGCUAAGAUUCCCGUGCUGUGGUCGGGCUUACCCGUGUGAUGCUUGCCAUGAUGAGGAUCAGGACCAUCUGAUGGAGCUGGCCACUAGAAUGAUCUGUGGUUAUUGUGCUAAAGAACAGCCUUAUGGCAAUGGAAAGCCAUGUGUUGGUUGUGGUGGUAUGAUGACCAGAGCAACUUUUACAAGCCACUGGGAAGGUGGACAGGGCUGUAGGAGCAAAGUUAAGAUGAGCAGGAAUGAUAAGCACAAAUACACCAACACGUGUAAAACAGUGUCCAAGAAAACAACAAAUGAGAAAAAAUAACCAAAGACAAAGAAACCAGAAGAUCUUAUUUUUACCAAUCAGAUUAUCCGUAAACCGCUCUCAAAUCAUGUUAUACAUAACUUCACAAAGAUUGAUGAAAUUCUGAGAUUUUUGGUUAGAUGAUUUUACCACAAUCUUUUAGUGUAAAAGGAAAAAUAAAUAAAAUAUAUUUACAUAACAUUUGGUACACAUGUUAACACAGUUCUAUAAUCAAUGUUUUGUUUGAUAGUAAAAUAAAAAGUAUAUAUCUACAU